AUGCAUCAAACAAGAUCCCUUAAUUUCCCUAGCAUUUUGUUUUUGGAUGGUCAGUGUAGUCCUUUGCUUCUAGAACUCAAAGCAGAGUACGAUUAUUAUGUUCACCGCUGUAACAGAACCGUUCAGGUGACCCCUAAGUUUCACUUCCAUCCAAGGAGUGCGAUUUUAGUUGGUUCUUGUAAUGGAUUUAUCUGUUUGGUGGGUGGUUUGACGCACAUUGAGAAUCAUUCGGUUUACAUUAACAAUCCUCUUUUGGGUGAGUAUUUCAAACUUGAAUUGCCCAAAUGGGAGAUAAGUGUUACUCAAGUUGCUUAUGGGUUUUGCUUUAGCGAAGUCUCUGGAGAGUAUAAAGUAUUGAGAUUAGUUGAUAGAAAGGUUCAGGAUGAUACUAGAGCUUCAGAAUUGGAGGUUUAUACUCUUGGAGUCUAUGAGAAAUGGAGAAAUGUGGGUGAAAUUCCAUGUCCUGUAUGGUAUGAUUUUGGCAAGGCUAACGUCAAUGGUGCUCUUCAUUGGAUGGAGAGCGAAAAAACUGACUGCAUUUACUCCUUCGAUGUUGAGACAGAAAAGAUCAAGUCCCUACCUGCUCCACCUGGUUUGGAAACUCCAUCCUCAAACUUGAGGCUAGCAGAGUUGGGGAACUGUCUGUGUUUGACUGAUAAUGUCGAUAGAUGGAAUGUUAAUAUUAAUAUAUGGUGGAUGAAAGAGUAUGGCAUUGCAGAAUCUUGGACUAAAAAUAGCAUUUUGGUGGAAUCUAUUCCGCAUGGUAUGGUUAACUAUAGUUUUGAACCGAUAUUUAUUUGGAAAGAUGGAGAAAUCUUGUUUCAAAGUCGCUCAAAACUAGCUUGGUACAACCCAGAAAUGAAGACGUUCAGGGUGGUUAAUGUUGACGGUGAUGUCAUUACAUCAACUAAAUACACUCCAAGCUUUUAUUCGCUCAAGACUAUCAUGGGUGACGACUUUCAAGUCACAAAUGUUUAUCCGAAGACUGAGAUAGCUUAG